UUUCCAGCAUCUGCAGAUUUUCUCUUGUUUGUGAUUGGAUAAUACUAACCUACAUGUCUUUGGAAUGUUGUAGGAAACGGGAGCAUUCAGAGGAAACACAUGCAGUCAUGGGGAAAAUGUAGAAAUUCCUUACAUACAACAGAGAGAAUUGAGCCUAGGCCACUGGCCCUGUAAAGUGUUAUACUAACCACUAUACUAGCAAGUUGCUUGGUGUUAUUCUAUGCAAACACAAGGAAAUCUGCAAAUGCUGGAAAUUCAAGCAACACAUCGCUUCUCAGCCGUUUGGCUAAGAUCAAGUGUAGUUUCCUUUGGGACACACGAUGAUCGGAAGGCAGAGAAGGUUUUGCGCUGACGCAGGGGUGGAUGCACUGACAGGCUCCCAAUCUAACACCCCUUUCCAACGACGAAGACAACAGUGAAGAGGAUGGCUGAGGACAACAGCGCAUCGGCCCGAGGCCUGGGCAUCAAGAACAUUGUCCGGCUGACAGUACGACGCAGAACGAGGGCAACGGCUUCACAAGUGAGACCUUCAUCCGGAAGGUCUUGGUGGACUGCUGUGGAUUCACAAUCAACAACGUCUACUGCGUCCAGGACUUUGCUGGGUUCUUCGACAUCACCUUCCGGCAACCCGCAAGGUGGCAGAAACUGCUCCAGCGAUUCCAGGAGAAGGGGGGGGAGAGGCGCCGCUGUUGCUGCUACAAGCACAGCCCCUCUUUGCUGCCGCUCAGCAGGAUCAGACUGUCAACCCGCAGAUGUUCAACCCGUACGUGCCAGUGGUUGACGUCCUUACAUUCCUCGAUCGGUAUGUGGAGAGCGUAAGAACUAGUAUGGACGUGAAGGACAGCCUGGGGUUCUGGACCAGCAAGCGGCAGGUCAAGGUGAAGCUGAAGGUGGACUCUAACGGCAGCGUCAUCCACCCCCCCCUUGGUCUUCGCCAUCGGAAGGAACUGAGGCUACAUGGCCUACACCGGGCAAACCAGGGUGUGUCGCAACUGCAGCAAGGCGGGGCACAUUGCAGCUCAGUACAGGGCUGUAAUCCGCAGGAACUGUAAGGUGGAGGGCCACCUCACCAGGGACUGCACGUAGGCCAAGUCCUACAAUCUCUGCGGAGACACCAACCACCUGUACAGGGCUUGUCCGAGAUGUGCUGACACCUAUGCACAGGCGACCAAGUGAGGUGCUUGCACUGAAAGGGCCCCGGCAGGUUCAGACGUACCCACCACCCCUGCAGAGGCAGCACCCCCUCGCAGACCCUCCAGGACCCGCCACAGGAAAUGGAGGAGGAGUCCAUGUAGGAGGGGAGAGCCAAAGGGGAGGAAGGCUGGAGUGUUGUGGGCAAACGAAAGAAGGCCCAGAAAGCUGCAGCCAAACGACAGAGAGCAGAGCAGAGGGAGCACAGAAAGAGAGGGCAAGGGACCACACAGCAUCCAGUAACCUGUCCACUUCGGAGGAAGAAGGAGUUGGGGGAGGCCAGCAGCAGUCCUGGCAGAGGAAGCGGCGGACAAAGCCAGCGGAGAGGAGAGAGAGUGGAGAAAGUCUGCUGGCCACCCCCCCCAAGCACAAGCACAGGAGGCGGAGAGUGGCAGAGACCUCCAGUUCAGGGAACCCGGGAGCGGAGCCAUGUCUGGCACUCUGCAGCCUGAAGGGGCAGCAGGCCUGGGAGACAGCAAGCCCCCAGGCAAAGAACCAGAACUGCCACACCCAGGGGAGGAUGACCGCAGUUCCUGAGCCCACAGAAGGUGAAGGACUUCACAAAGGACUGCGAAGAGAAGGCUGAAGAGAGCUGGACUAUGCACAAGCUUGCUCACGUCAUUCUACAGAUGCACAGUAGAGAGCAUCGUAACAAGAUGCAUGGUACAAAAACUGCCAUGUAGUGGACAGGAAGGCUCUUCAACUGGCACAACACAUUAUUUGCAUCAACCUACUUACCAUCAAUGACAUAUAUAGAAAGGUGCUGCAAAAAGGACCAGUAACAUCAUGAAGGAUCCUACCCACCCUGCUUUGGACUGUUUGUCCCACUCCCUUCAGGGAGGAGGCUUCAUUGCAUCCGCUCCAGGACCAUCAGCCUCAAAAACAGUUAAGGCUCUCCUUAUCUGCGGGUUUCGCAUGCGUGGGUUCAACCAACCGCGGAUCGGGAAAACCCGGAAGUUCUCUCUCCAGCACCUGUUGUUUGAGCAUGUAUGGACUUUUUUUUCUUGUCAUUAUUCCCUAAACAAUACAGUAUAACAACUAUUUACAUAGCAUUUACAUUGUAUUAGGUACUAUAAGUAAUCUAGAGAUGAUUUAAAGUACAGGCAGUUUUUAAGUUGGAUUUGUAUGCAAGUUGGAACAGGUACAUCUGGUAUUAUUUAGCAUUGGUCAAACGGUUGUCUUAGUAUAUAGUAUAUAUUUUAUCUUUCUAUGUAUAUAAAACACUUAAGAAACAUGUAUAUUUUAAUAAUUAAACCACUGCUUUGCUUAGUAAUAAUUGUAGCUUUCAUCAGGGCAGGGCCUUUCACAUGCUCCAUUAUUCUCACUUUAUCCUUUAAAAUUGUUCUGAUAGUUGACCGACUGUAGCCCAACACUUUUCCAAUGACUGAUGGCAUUUCACCUCUUUCCGAUCGCUUUAUUAUUUCCACUUUAUUUUCAACUGUGAUCAUUUUCCACCAACAGAACAGGAACACUGCAGAUUCAGCAGCAGCCACGGGUGGCGGGUCCUGAGCUCCCCCAGGUCCUAAAGUCCACCCUCAUUGAGACAGGUUAAAUAAAGGCCUUGAGUAUCUGCAUUUUUUGGUACCUGCGGGGGGCGGGGUGUCCCGGAACCAAUCUCCCGUGGAUAAGGAGGGCCGACUGUACUUUCCCCAAGCAGUAAAGCUGUUCAACACCUGGACCACACCCCCAUUCCUGUGUCAGGCUUCACUUUAUGGACACACAAUAAAUCUAUGUAUAUAAGCUACCUUAUAUAUUUAUAUUGAUUGUGCUUUUUGUGCUGCAUUGGAUCCAGAGUAACAAUUGUUUUGUUCUCUUUUACAUUUAUGCACUUGUGUACUAAAAAUGACAUUAAACCAUCUAGAAUCUUAACUGUUUCUCUGCCCAUAUCUGAUUGUACUUUGGGCUUCACUUGGCACGAGUUUUACACUCAACAAUUAGAGACAUUGCAGGAAUCCAGCCCAGAAUCUGCAGGCUGUUACAACAGAUCACUGUACCACGUAGCACCCAUGUGGUAGCAUUGCGUAUAUUUAAAGAACAGGUUAAUAAGUUCUUGUUAGUAAGGUUGUGUUGAAGUGUAUGGGCUGGCACAGGAAAGGUUAGCAUCUCUGGUGAAGGGGCUUGUCAAGUCCAUUCUGGGACCGACUGCUCAACUUUGGGCCCACCCAGACACUCAGCUCUCACUUCUGGCUCCAAGUAGCUAUUUGCAUGUGACAGUGGCCACACGAGGUAAGAGUACCAACAGGCCUCAUAUCACAGUGAGAUAGGGAUAUGCUUGUCCUAGCAUGCAAAUUCAGCUCCAGAAGUCUGGGCUAAUGACAUCAAAAGUGAGGUCCAAUUGCUUGGAAGGCAGUUCUGCAACACUCCAUGGAGAGCGAAGGGCAUGGUGAGGCAUGGAAAUAGUCAUGGUCACCCACUGCAACCAAGGAAGACUCCAGUUGUGAGAAAUACUCAUACUACUGGACCCAGACUUCAGAUGUCAUAAGUACUUUUCCAUUUUAAAAACUCUCCCACACAAAGUUUCCUGUCAUCGUCCCGAUACAACGUACAACCAAUAAGUAAAGGUGUCAGAGGUUAUGGGGAGAAAGAAAUUGAUGGAAUGAGAGGGAAAUAAGCCAUGAUGGAAUGACAGAGCAGAUUCAGUGGGCUGAACAGCUUAAUUCUGCUACUAUGUCUUAUGUCAAGCCAUCACGACCCACAGUGAUAUUCUCUUUUAGAUGGCCAUCAUCUGAACCAUGCCAUCUUCUUGCAGCUACCAUUGGGCAGGAGGUAUAGAAGCCUUUACUCCCACAUCAUCAGCUUCAGAAACAGCUACUUCCCUUCAACCAACCAGAAAAAUCCUACUUACCACAAUUUAGCAACACUAUCACUA